AUGGGCGUGUGCUCCAUCACACGGUUGGUGUUUGCAGCCUCUCCUGCUCCCUCAGCAGCGGCUCGGACGAGACAUUUCCCGCUGGUCGGGGAGCAGCAGGAGAGCCGGCCCCUACUGAGCCCCUCCAUCGAUGACUUCCUGUCGGAGACCCGGAGCGACACCCCCUCCGCCCGACCGCUCACCUCCAACACAGCAGUCUGUGAGCGCGGUGACAAGAACACGUCUGAGCGCCGCUGUAACCCUCUAACACCUCCAACCCCGCUGAAGGCGAUGGUUAAACUCACUGAUGAGGGACGCCUCCUCCAGCUCGUCUGUGAGGACGCCGUGAUGAACGAACGCUGCAGGUCGGCCACAGCGUCUCAGUCCCAGCUGGUCGUGCGUGUAGGAGGCGCCCUGUCAGCGGUGGCUCUAACCGAGCUCGUCGGCCUGCGAGUCAGCCUGUCGUCUCCUCUGGAGAAAUGGGAGGAGGUGAACCUGGACGUGGAGGACGGCGGGCGCAGGAGGAGAUACGAGAAGAGAUGCACCUCCCAUCACUCGUCCAGUGAACUGCUGUGGUCUGCAGAGUUUAAAACCGACCCGCUGACCAAGAACAGCUUCAACAUCCACAGCUUCGACGACCUCGACUUCAUUUCUUCAGCACAGGACUGCGGGGCGUCCCGGCAGCGCAGGCGGACUCGCUCUCUGCUGGUCAGGAACGAGUCUCUGGAGGACGAGUUCGUCCGGGCCAAAGCUGCUGUGGAGUCGGACACAGAGUUCUGGGACAAGAUGCAGGCAGAGUGGGAGGAGCUCGCUCGGAGGAACUGGCUGGAGGACUCCGAGGACCAGCAGCCGAUCCCGCCCACUGUCUCACCUGCAGAGAAGGGUUACUAUUUCAACACCAACAACCCGUACAGCGACUGGCCCAACGCCUUCGCCGAGGCUCAGGAGAAAGCUCGGGAGGGAGACCUGAACACUGUCGUGCUGCUGCUGGAGGCCGCCAUCCUGCAGGACCCGCAGGACUCAGAGGCGUGGCAGCUUCUGGGUAUGACUCAGGCUGAGAACGAGAACGAGCAGGCCGCCAUCGUGUCGCUGCAGAGGUGCCUGGAGCUCCGCCCCAACAACCUGCCGGCCCUCAUGGCGCUCGCCGUCAGUUUCACUAACAGCGGCAUGCAGCGGGAGGCCGGCGACGUGCUGCGCCGCUGGAUCUGUCACAACCCGCGAUAUAAACACCUGGUCCAGGAAAGCAGGAGUCCGCUACGGGGCUCCCCGGCCAUGCCGUGCAGGGGCCCCCACACCUCCACACCUGCCAGGUGCGAGCUGCAGGACGUGCUGCUCCUCUUCCAGGAGGCGGCUCUGCUCAAUCUGGACGGCGUGGACCCCGACCUGCAGACCGGGCUGGGAGUCCUCUUCAACCUGAGCUCCGACUUCGACAAGGCGGUGGAAGCUUUCAGUGCGGCGCUGUCCGUCAGGCCACAGGACUACCUGCUGUGGAACCGUCUGGGAGCCACACUCGCCAACGGAGACCGCAGCGAGGAGGCGGUGGAGGCGUACACCAGAGCUCUGGAGCUGCAGCCCGGAUUCAUCCGCUCGCGGUACAACCUGGGAAUCAGCUGCAUCAACCUGGGAGCGCACAGGGAGGCGGUCAGUAACUUCCUCACGGCGCUGAACCAGCAGAGGCGGAGUCAGCGCUGCAGCCAGCAGCAGAUGUCGGCUAACAUCUGGGCCGCCUUGCGGAUCGCCAUCUCAAUGAUGGACCGCCCCGAGCUGUUCCAGGCCGCCAACAUGGGCGACCUAGACCUGCUGAUGAGGGCCUUCGACAUGAGCGACGUCUGACGGCGAGUCAUGGGAGGGCGGAGCCUUGCUCCCAGAGUCACGGGAGCUCGGUUGGAUGCCCGGGUUGAAACCAGACAGUGAGGGGACGGCGCAGCCCUUUAGCUUCCUGUUUGUAGCUCUGCAUUCUCAACGCCGUCUGCAGGUCCGAACACGAUCAGGUCGAUCGUCUUUUCACCUUUAACAAGAAGAUUGAAUUCAGCUCCGCCUCUUCCUCCUUGUCACCUGCGCUCACCUGCUGCUGAUUCUCCUCUGCUCAUCGGUCACUUCCUGAUGGUCGACUUUAAACGUGAUGUCGUGAGGGAUGAAGAGGGGGAGGAAGGUCUGGACCUCACUCGUGGACUUGAAGCAGCUUUGCAUGAUUCACGACUCAAAAUAAUCCUUCUUUAUCUGACACAAACUUUCUGUUCAUGGCUAUCCUUCAUAAACAUCAGGUGGGCGGAGCUUAUGUACUCCUCCUACAUGCAGCACAGACGUUUCCACCGUGAGCACCUUUUUGAGCAUUUUCACCUUCGUGGUGUUUUGAAAGUGGGCGGCUCUGUUGUACUGAUGGAAGCCCCGCCUCCAUCCUCCACCACGGCCUGCUUCUCUGCCUCCUUCCUCUGUCAGCUGCUCUCCACAGCGAAUCAUCUUCUAUCCCUUCUAUCAGCAGGUGUCACUACCAUCGUUAAACCUUCUCCUUCUGUCACCUGGCUCCGCCCACUCCUGCUUUGUAUUAACGGGACCAGAAUUUAGAAAAAAUAAACUUUUGUAAUGAAUCAGACGUGAAACCAGCGACUCAUCAGGAAAGACUUCCCUGCGCUCAUUUUCUCAUGGACUUGUAUCCAGUCGCACACCAGCGUCGCCCCCUGCUGGUCACCCUGUUAUGACCCCAGAAUCUCUUCAGUGGUCGUUCUCACCUCCGUAGCUUUUCUAUCGGCUCUGUUCACUUGCAGCACGUCUUUCAGCUCAGGUUUUAAAAACUCACGAUGUCCGUGGACAUGAAGCUUAACACCAGGUCCUUUCCUAACGAGUAAUCCAAACCACGGAGCUGCAGGAGUGAGGAGAAGCAGAACACGCCCACUUUCAGGCUUUUUCCUCCAUGUUUCUUCACCUUGUUACUUUUAACCCUUUAAAGCCAUAAAACAGCAGCAGCGGUCUGUUAGCAAAGAACCAGGCUGCAAAAAAGUUUCCACCUCCUCCGUGAAAAGGCAGAAACUCGCCUCUGUGUGUCACCUCCUGCAGGCAACAGCUGGUACUGCAGCAGCAUUUAUUUAAAUCAAACCAAGAGGCCACCUUCACACCUGAGAUCUUUCUAAUGUUAACGAGGCCUCACAGAAAGUUUUCCACAUGGUGAUGAUGAAGCAGCUGUAUCAGGGCUAGCGCCACCUGCUGGAAGGGUUCGGGCAUGUGUCAAAUAUUUUCCAAAGGAAUUCAGGAGAAAUAUCUAUCGACUUGAGGCGACUUUUGUUGUGAUUUGGCGCUAUAUAAAUAAAAUUGAAUUGAAUUAAAACGAUUUAAUUUGCUUUGGCAGUUGAAAAGUUAAAUGCCUCGCCCCCUGUGUGACACAGCCGUCUGUCUUCACACAAAGGACGACCCUCAGCGAGCCGGACGGCUUCUUCCAGAACCAACGUCUGCUGGAUCCCUACGAGUCCUCCCGUCUGCUCACCUCCGACCUCGCCUCGUAUCUGCUCCUUCCUGUGUAAGAGACAGAAAAGAAAAACACCGCUCUACCUAGCCUCGAUCAUUUUAAUCCUACCGCUGAUUCCAAUAUCUAGUUCAUCCUGUUCAGACUCUCCCAGAGAAUAUCCCUCUAACCCUGAAGUGUAAGCAUGCUGCAAAACCCUGUGUGCGCUUCAAUAUUUCAAAUCCAGUCAUGGCGCAGGACGAAGCUUUUGACCCUCAAACACGGAGCGCCAACAUGUUUAUGAGCACAUUUCCAUUGUGUUUAUAAAAAAUAAUAAAGCAGCUUAAUUU